CUUCCUAUGCCAUGAGAUUGCUUUAUGCGUAUGUAGCGGCUCGCGGGGUUCUAAAUGGGACAAUGUGACGGGUCGGAAGUGACAGCCUUAACCGUGUGGGGUUAACGAUUAAGCCAGGUACGGGCCGUUACCGUACACAAGGCAUGCAUACCGGCACACACGCAUCAGGCUGCAGCACACAUUAUAACGGAGUGCAGGAUAUGAGACAACCGUUUUGAGGCGUUCAGCAGUGCGCUCUGUUCUGUGUCUGUUCUCUCGUCUCCUCUGUGGACCUCUGCGUUUUAGGUAAACAGCAGCCAGAGCGCUGAGGGGAAGUGUUCUCCUGUAGUGCUGCUCCGUAACUCUAUCCUUGUGCUGCAGACCUUUAAAUACUCCUCAUAAAAUAGCCACUUGGUGAAAGGUGAGACCUUCCCAGCCCAGGACACCGUCUGGCGCGAGCUAGUCUGAAAGGACGGUCAGAGCGCGUGCAGGACUGGUCUGCGCUCUUGGAUGACUUUAUGAAAAUAACUUCAGGCUACUAGCUGGACCUGCAAUACUUCAUGUACUUUUUCAUACCAACUUUUCAAGACUUGUUGGUUACCAGUCGUUGUUGACCAGAUAAACAUUAGUUUGUUUGUUUUUGCUCUCUUUUAAAAAAUAUAUCAUUAUGUUUCAUUCUUCUAUACAUCUGCCUACCGUGCCUACGCAGUGAAUGGAGGACAUACUCCAGCUUCUCCCGAAGCACCGGCAAAUUCUCACACACGCCUGGGGGAGAGCAGCUACUCACACCUGCCUUUGCAGGAGCUUAGUUGCGCUUUCAAAACGUUUUUUACCACUUAAUUUUGCGUUCAUGACCACACCUGAGUGCCACUCACCAGCAUUCUUUAAUGGGAUAAAUUCAUUUGUGAGAUCAGGUUAUUAAAAACCGAUCAAGGGAAAUCUAAACCAACCAUCCCACACCUUUUUACCAUAGCCUAUAUUUGUAAUUCAGUCUACUGUCCCCAAACGCUUCCGCAUGGUACUUUGGUCGAAAGAACAAGACAAACCGCCGGACACCGACAUGUCAUCCGGGGCGAUAGAAAUGAAGAAAGUGGUGCCACCGGUGUACCUCCACUCCAACGGCUCUGUUCACCCGGCCAUCCUCACAGAUGACCCCGAGGAGAUGAGACCGGAGGAGAUGAGACCGGAGGAGAUGAGACCGGAGGAGAUGAGACCGGAGGAGAGGGGCGAGUAUGAGCUCACGGAAGUGACAUCCUUCACGGACAGGUCUGGUGAACCGGGAGAUGAAGGCCGGGAGAUAGUGGUGAUAGACUGCAGGGUGAAUGCCAAGGGCCAGCGCGAGGAGGACGCUCUCCUGGAGAAUGCCAGCCAGAGCAACGAGAGCGACGACAUAAGCACUGACCAGAGCCCAGAGCCACCAGCGCCGUUAAAAGAGACCUCCUUCUCCAUCGGCCUCCAGGUGGUCUUGCCGUUCCUGCUGGCCGGGUUCGGGACGGUGGCGGCGGGCAUGGUGCUGGACAUUGUUCAGCACUGGACGGUGUUUACAGAGGUGACGGAGGUCUUCAUCCUGGUCCCAGCGCUGCUGGGGUUAAAGGGCAACCUGGAGAUGACACUGGCUUCCAGACUGUCCACAGCGGCUAAUAUUGGUCAGAUGGACUCAGCCAAGGACAUGUGGAAGAUGAUCGUUGGAAACCUCGCCCUCAUCCAGGUCCAGGCCACGGUAGUAGGGUUCCUGGCGUCCAUCGCCGCAGUGAUCUUUGGCUGGAUCCCAGAAGGGAACUUUAGACUGGGACAUGCUAUCCUGUUGUGUGCCUCCAGUGUGGCAACCGCAUUCAUCGCUUCUCUGAUACUAGGGAUCAUUAUGAUUGGUGUAAUCAUCGCAUCCAGGAAGGUGGGCAUCAACCCUGACAAUGUGGCCACGCCCAUCGCUGCCAGUCUGGGAGAUCUGAUCACCCUCUCUCUGCUGGCUGGCAUCAGCACAGGACUGUACAAGGAGCUGGAGUUUAACGACUAUGCCAACCCGUUGGUGUGUGCUGUGUUUGUGGCGCUGACCCCUCUGUGGGUGCUGAUCGCUCGGAGGAUCCCCUCCACCAGAGAGGUGCUCUACUCAGGCUGGGAACCUGUCAUCAUUGCCAUGGCAAUCAGCAGUGUUGGGGGUCUGAUCCUAGAUAAGACCGUGUCCAACCCCAACUUCGCUGGCAUGGCUGUCUUCACUCCUGUUAUCAACGGUGUGGGAGGUAACCUGGUAGCGGUGCAGGCCAGUAGAAUCUCCACCUAUCUGCACAUGAAUGGUAUCCCCAUGGGAGACCCUGACCCCAACCCCAGGAAAUGCCCCACCCCCUGCACCUCCUUCUUUGGUUCCAAUGUGAACUCUCGUUCGGCACGGGUGCUCUUCCUCCUGGUUGCUCCAGGUCACCUGGUCUUCCUCUACACCAUCAACUCCAUGCAGGGAGGACACACCACGCUAACAUCCAUCUUCAUAGCCUUCUACAUGGCUGCUGCAUUACUGCAGGUGUUGAUCCUGUUGUACCUGGCUGACUGGAUGGUCCACUGGAUGUGGAGUAGGGGGAUGAACCCUGAUAACUUCUCUAUUCCUUACUUGACGGCCCUGGGAGAUCUGCUGGGGACCGGCUUCCUGGCCCUCUGCUUCCAUGUCCUCUGGCUCAUUGGAGACAGAGACACUGACGUGGGAGACUGAACACACACACCUGGACAGCAUACAUACACAGCAUCAAUUCCGGCUCACCGGAAACAACCUGAACAACUGAACUGUACAGUAUCUCCCUCUGGACAUCGGAACAACUGAAUGACUUUCAGACCCAGACCUCAACCCUGACCCCUUGACCUCCAAUCUCCCCCCAAACCCCUCCCCCUGGGUCACAGACUAUGCCAUUUUUUCUUUAUUUGACUAAAUAAGAGUUCUACUACUAUUGUUUUUAUUGUUAUUAUGAUGACGAUGAUUAUGAUUAUUUUUGUUAAUAGUGAAUUUGAUAUGAAUCUAUAUCUGUUUUACCGUUGGGCGGGUGAAUCCUCAUUAUUUUCAAUGGGGACAUUCUCCCUUGGGCCAGUCACAUUGGCAGCAUUUGUAAAGAUGAGAUCAAUCUUAAAGACUUGAAAUUAAGACAGACAGACAGCAAAAAAAACUCACACAAGCCUAAAAUGCUUAAUCACCAAGUGCUAUACGUAUAAAGAGAUGAAUACAUUUUUAAGGGACCCUUUCAAUUAGCCUUGCCUUGAGAGUAGUGAUUCAGUGGGGGCAGCUCCACAGGGGCCCAAACGAGAAUGUAGAGACCUGAAUCUGCUUAGGUAACAACCCCCCAACCCUGUCAAAGAAUGUCUGAACACUAACCUGAACAGAAACAGGAAGUUUGAACAACUCUGGGUAGAAGUUGCCCUUAAGCACAGAUCUAGAAUCAGUUUACCCUCCCCAAAUCCUAACCUUAACCAUUGGGGAGGGAUGAAAACAUAACUGACCCUGUAUCAGUGGUUAGAGGCAACCUCAACCUAGUCCAUGGACAUAGGUCCUGCCAGAUGGUACGGUCAGGUGCCACAUUAUGUUUCAUAGGUCACCAAGGAGGUGCCAGAUCAUACGGUCAGGUGCCACAUUAUGUUUCAUAGGUCACAAGGAGGUGCCCGAUCAUACGGUCAGGUUGCACAUUAUGUUUCAUAGGUCACCAAGGAGGUGCCAGAUCGUUCAGUCAGGUGCCACAUUAUGUUUCAUAGGUCACCAAGGAGGUGCCAGAUUGUACGGUCAGGUGCCACAUUAUGUUUCACACUCAGUUGGAGGGUUGUUUCUUGAAUUAAAGUCAACCCCAAUUCUUGCCAACCAUGUCCUUAGUGGUCCUUGAGGCCUCAACGCUCAAUAGCAAGGUUUCAACACCUCGUUGUUCUCCCCUAAAUCCUCCUAAAGGGCUACGAUUGUGACAUUUCUUCAAUUAAAUUUGUUUCUUCUUUGUUUUCACACAAACACUUAGACAGAAAAUUGUGCUUUGUUUGUCAGGCUGGCCAUCUGUUUGUGGCAGCCUGUUGGUUACACACACACACAAAACUCUGCUUAUCACUGGAUUCACUGAGGUUAGAGUGGCCUUACUGGGAGGCUAGAGGGGGGUCAGAGAGGGUAGGGACAGAGUGCUUAUUGAGACAGAGGCCAUUCCAGGUGACAUCCUAUCUAGUGCAAGGACUUAGGAGCAUAUGUUAUAGGGUGGUGAAAGUUAUCCACUUGAUCACGCUGUUGCCUAAUGCUGUAGUGACAAGACCUGUUUGGUAUGUUCUGAUUAGAAGGCUUUAAUGGGCUUCAUUAGUUAGUGAGGAAAGACAGGAUGUUGAGGGAGGAAUUGUCAAACCAAUAUUGCCUGCUUAGGAAUAUCAUGCAAACAGCUCGCUCUCUCUUUCUGUCCUCUCAAGCUUUCUCCAAUGGUACAAACAACAUCAACGAUCUUCUUGAGUUGAAGCAACUCAAGGCCUGUCCAUGCUGACUACCACACUUCCUUAAUGUCUGUUGUGCAUUGUACAUACACACUGUGCAGCUGACCUACAAUAUCUGCCACAUAGAUGCCAUGCUUCAAAAUGCCCUCCUAUAAUAAUUACAUUUACAUACUGUCAGUAUAGACACUCUAAUUCUCGUAAGCAGCAGAGCCCAGCUUGAUGGUGAAAUGCAUGUGUUAUCAUCUGAUGCUUUGUUAUCUGGUGUUCAAUUUAUAUGUUGUUUUAAGGGGCCAGCAGAGUGCAUGUGCAGGGCACAUAACAUGAAUAUGCAAAACUUGUGCAUUAUGAGUUAAGUUUCCUUCUCUUUAAAAGAUAAUGUAUCUUUCUUAGGUUUGACACAUUUUACAAAGUGGAAGUUGUGUCCGUUAUUAGAUGUAUUCUUUAACUUCAUAAUUUUUCUUAACCCUUCUGUGAUCUUAAGUGUUAGAGAGCGAUUAUGUCAUGUUUAUGAUUGAGGCAGCCCCAGUGGGGUAUAGUGUCACUGUUGGAAGGUACUGUAAUAUACACACACAGGCACCAGAGGGCGACAUUGUCAUAUGAGUGAAUAUGAGACAGUGCUGAUAGUGAUAGAGGCUGUUCACUAUUCGCUUCAUCUAGAUUAUAGAACCUGUAUCCAAGAUUCUAAUGUAGAACCUGUGUUUUCUAGAUUCUAGAAUUUGUAUUUUCUUGAUUCUAGAACCUGUGUCCAUAAUUAUAGAAUACAUACCUUCUGGAUUCUAGAGCCUGUAUCCAAGAUUCUAUUCUAAAACCUGUCCUCUGUAUUCUUGAAGCGGAACCCUGGAUCUAGAACCUGGGUUCUCUCUGCUGCCUUACUGAACCUGUGCCAGCGUUCUGCCCCAGUACGGAUAAGAGGUUGUGAAUACUCCUCCAGGGGGAAGGAAUGCUUUGUCUAUUUAUUUUUAGAUGCACACAAAGCAAAUUGUAUAUACUAUAUUUAUUCUAUAAAUAAGGUGUUUAUUUUUCAUUUAAUUUUGUCUCGGUUCUGUGUCACUGUUUUUGUAAUUGUUUCUCAUUUUAUUUUUUUGUUCGUCCUUUUUUGGGGUUGUAUCCAGCCAGUAGAGCUUCAGCGCUGCCACGGUAGAUUAGCGCCUAGGCUAACAAACAACAGUGUGGGUGCCUAAUAUCUGAUGAACCUCACACACCUUACAUCCCCUGCCCUCGGGCAGGGACACAAACAUAGAAGGCCUUAACCUAUCAGGAGCCAAGCUCAACACAUAGUAACCAAUCAGGAGCUAGGCUCACCACAGAGUAGAAUCUCUCUAAUUAGCUUUUAUUAAUAACUGACAUACCUUGAUUUGAUGUUGUAAUGUAAUGAAUGAAUAAAUAGUCUAUGAGAGAGGCUGCAUGGUUGCAAUGGCUGCGGUGUUUGGGAAUCACUAAGGCCAGAACCUUCAAUUGAGAACAUAAAUGAAUAGAUGGAUAUUGUAAACAGAAGGCUCUGACUAGAACAGUCUAGUGGUCAGACAACACAGAGGUAUAACGGAUGGAUCAUUUCUCUAUAACCCCAUUCCUCAACCCCCACCUCCCACCUCCCAGACACACACACACACACACACACACUACUAGCACAAAAUGUCCAUACAGAUAUAUUGGUUACACACACAAACACACACACAUACACUGUAUUUGGAACUGUGUGCUCCCCCUGCUGUCCCCCUCUGUAACCCUGUAACUGUAGUGGGGUUCACAAUCUGCAGGACUUUAUAAAUUGCUGGAAAUAAAGGACUAUAUUAUUUUGUACCACU